AUGGCCGGUGCAGCCAGCGCGGCGCCGGACGCUGCGCGCGAUCCCCCGUCCCAUACGCUGAUGUAUGUAUCGUUUUACGAGAUCUACGAGCAUCUCGAGCGUGCGCGCCAGACGUGCGCGCCUGCGGAUCUCCAGCGCCUGCUCGAGGCGCGCCUCGCGCAGCUGCGCGACUGUGGCGCGGCGUGGGCGUCGCCGAGUGCAGCGUCGCGCGCCGCGCUCCAAAAAGACGCGGUGACGUGGCGUGGGCACACCGUCCAGCUGGACGACACGGUGCGCGGGCUGGGUCUCGCGCUCAGUGACCGCCUGCACCUCGACGAGAUCGAGGCCGCGGCGCUCCUGCGCACCUACCUCGCGAGCGAGCACCGCACACUCGACGCGCGCGACAGCGAGCCGGGCUCGGAGCGCUUCGAGGCCCUCGUGGAUGCCGUGUUUGUCUUUUUUCUCGAGGAGCAGCUCGCGCUCAUCCGCUGCGUCAGCGCGCUUCUGCGCAUCGCCGAGGACGCCCACAACGAGCUGUUCGACAUGGCGUCGGCGGUCCUGGACGCGCUCGCCGACGAUGCGCUCGCGCACCGCUGCCUCACAUGGUUCGAGCACGCGUCGACCCACUCGCUGGCCGCGCCGUUCGCGGCGGAUCCGCGCCUCGAGCGCCAGCUUGCGCUCCUAGAGGUCGCGUUCCUGCUCUACUACGGGCGCCUGCCGCCCACGAUGGCCUUUGCGGACGCGCUCCUCGGCACGAUCGAGCGCACGCACUUUGGCCAGCGCCAGGCGAGCGCCGGGUUCUUCGACGACAGCGCCCGCGGCCUGCUGCGCAGUGUGCGGGAGCUGCUCGUGUUUCUGGCGAUCGAGUGUCUUAACCUCGAGGCCGCGCUGGAGGCGCCGCCGGCCGGCGCCCUCGCCGACGACGCAGCGCUUGCGCCACUCGCCGCGGACCCGGCGCACCUCGACGCGGCGCUCCGCCGCCUCGAGGCGCACGCCGCGUCGGACGCGGCGUAUGCGCCCCUGCUCCUCGGUCUCGCGCUCGUGCUCCGCCGCCUCGACGAGUACGCGGCCGCCGGCGGCGCGGUCGACGACGCACUCGCACGCACCGUCGAUGUGCUCGACCUGGGCCCGCCCAUGUGGCAGCGCCUCGCGCAGGGCGCCUUUGAUCCCGGCAUGGAGCUGCUGCCGACGCUGCACGCGCUCGUAUCGUCGCCGCUCCUCGGCACGUCCGCGCAUGUGUUUGGCGCCGCGAACCUGAGCGCCCUGGCGUACCGCGCCGUGUUCAAAGGGCUCCUCCUCACCGUGUCGGAGCUCGUGCAGCCCGAGUACCUGCCGGACCUCGACGCGCUCGUCGACCUGUGGUACGGCACCUUCCGCGACGCGUCCGGCGACGUGGCCGAUGGCGCCGCGGCCCUGUGCCUCCAGUUCUGGACGCAGGACCUGCCGUACCCCACGCGCACGAGCGUCCUCGACACGGCGCGCCGCCGCUUCCCGGCGUCGCUGCGCCCGCUCGUGCGACUCGCGCGCGCGCUCAGCGGCACGGCGCCCGAGGUGCCGGCGCCCGACACGGCCGCCUCGGCGGCCGAUCUACUGAUGCACCUGCCGACGCUCGCCCUGGUGAUGCCGCCGCGCGCCGCCGCGCUGGCGCCGUGGCAGCCCGUGACGGAGCCCACGGCGCCCAGCGUCCAGUACGAGCUGCGCACGCCGCUGCCCGUGGCUGCGACGCGCCUCGUGAUCCCAGCCGGCACGCGCGGCACGCUCGUCUCGCCGCCGGACGAGGCGCCAGCCGUCGUGCUCUGGCAGCUCCCAGCGCCGGUGAGUGCGUGGCAUGUGCUGCACGAUACGCUGGCGUAUCGGGAGCGGCCGCCCGCCCGCACCGGCGCGCAUCCCCUCCUCGACGACGGCGCGCGCGCGCCGCCGACGGCGCUGUCCCCCGACUGGGACGACGCGCCGCUCGUGGCCACCGAGACGGCCGAGCUGUUCGCCGAUAUGCUGAGCGCCGACGAUGCGCUCGGCGAUGCGCUGCUCGAGCACCUCGGGGCGGACAUGGCGCUCGUGCCGAGUGCCCUGCGCCUCGUGCAGGAGGGCCUCGCAGCGCACCCCGUCCACGAGCGCCAGGUGUGUGCCGGCUACCACCUUCUGCAGGCGCUCCUGCCGCUGCGCCCGAACGACGUGUGGCAGCAUGUGCGCAGCACGAACGUGCUCGUCGGCAGCCCCGGCCCCGCGCCGCUCGUCGACGACGCGCACGACCUGCCGCCGUCGCCGCUCGUCGCGCACGGCGCGUGGCGCGGCGCACUGGCCCUGCUGAGCCUGCUCGCAGCGCUCCUCGCGCAGAUGCAGGCGGCGCAGUGUGUCGAUCCCCACAACCUCGUGCACAUCAAGGCGCGCGUGCUUGCGCGCGCCUGCACAUGGGCCGCCGACACGGUGUGGGUCGAGCCGAUGGCGCCGCCGGACGCGCAGGCGUCGCUCGUCCUCGCGUGCCUGCGCCUCUGGGACGCCGUCCUCCGCGACCCGUGCCUGGAGGAGGACAAGGCCGCCGCUCCGCUUGUCGCUGUCGUUGAGCGCGUGCUCGGCGACGCAGCGACGCCCCUCACACUCCGGCCCCUGCUCUCCGCGCUGGACGCCACGGAGCGCACCGACGCUGCGCUCGCGGCGCAGGCGCUCCGCACGGCCCGAACGCUCGUCACGCGCCCGGCCCGUGCGCAUCCGAUCCGCGCGUGCUUCCUAGGCACGGCGCCCGAGGCGCGCGGCUCGCUUGUGAGCGCGGUGCUCGCGCAUGUGGCGGCGGCCGUGCCGCCCGCCAUGGCCACGGCCGCCGCGCAGCUCGUGACGGAUGUGGUGCGCACGUCCGAGGCGUCUGCGUUCCGCUGGGCCGGGCACCUCGGCUCGACAGCGCACGUCGACCGGACGGUGCGUGGCCACCUGCAGCUGCUCUCGGCAGACCACACCGACGGCGAUCUCCGUGCGGCGGUGUGGCGCAUGCUCGCAGCGCUCCUGGCGUCGCAGCCUGCGCUCGCGACGCUGCUGCUCACCGGCGGCCAGGAGGCGGGCGGCCACACGAAGGCGGGCGACGCGCCGACGGCGCUGCAGCUGGCCGCGGCGACCGUGCGCGACGCGGACCUGUGGACACGUGCGCCGGACGUGCUCGAGGCGGUGCUCUUCUUCCUCUACGAGGCAUGGGGGCAUGCGCUCGCGCACCCCCGUGUCUUUGCGGCGCUGCGCAAAGACGCGGCGCUCUUCGACGCGCUGGGCGCGCUGCUGCGCCGCCCCACGCCGUUCCCCUUGGACGACGCGCCGGCCGACGAGACGACCGCGUACGCGCACCGCGCCGUGUGCCAGGCGCGUGUGCUGCAGGUGCUCGAGCUCGAUGUGCAGGCGCUCGGGCACAGUGCGUCUGACGGCGCGGGCUCGGGCGCGAGUGCGGGCGCCGCGGCGCCUGAGGGCGGCCUGCGCGUGCUGCGCGCGUGGCUGCUCGACGUGCCCGCGGCGUGCGAGGCGCUCGGCGCUGCGAUGGACACCGUGUCGACGCACGCGGUGCGCGCGCAGGAGGCGGCGCUGGCGGCGCUCCUUCCGCAUGUGCCGCUCGCGGCCCUGCGCCUGCCGCCGCGCCGCGACGACUACGACCAGUGCCGCACGUUUGGGCCGGCGUACAUGUAUGCGAUGCCUGCGCUCGCGGCGCGCGUGCCGCCGGGCGUCCCGGAGGCCGAGGCGUGCGCGGCGCGCGUGGGCCUCGCGUGGUCCGCGCUCGAUGCGCAGGCGCAGCGCGCGCAUGCGUGGGCGAAUGUGCUGCGCGCCGCGCUGCCCUACCUGCUCGCUGGCGCGGACGCUGCGCCGCUGCAGCGUGCGCUGAGCGCGCUGGCGCAGCGCCUCGCGCCGCUCGCGGCGGCGGACGAGCGAUGUCACGUGCUGCGCCUGUGGGCGGCGCUGCUCGGCGCGACACACGCGCGCCUCGAGGCGCCUGCGGCGCGUGCGAUGGCGGAGGCGCUCGCGCACACGCUGGAUGUGCCUGCGUAUGCGCUUCCUGCGGCGCUGUCCGAGUCCGCGAGCGCCGAGGCGCGCACGCCGCUGCUCGAGUGCAUGCUUGCGGUCAUCCUCGCGGUGCGCCGCCUCGGCGAGCCGGUGGCGGCGCUCUCGGCGGUGAUGGCGCAUGCGAUGCAUGUGCUCGCGCGCCUCGAUGCGCUUGCGCCCCUGCUGGAUGUGCCGUCGAGUGAGGCCGCGCGCCGCGCAGAGUACGAUCUGGAUGUGCUUGUGGCGGUCGUGCAGGCGGGCAUGGCGUGUGUGCCCCCGAGUGUGUGGCUCCAUCCGCUGCGCGAGACGUCCGUGCUGCGUGGUGUGCGCUACCUGCUCGCGCACGCGCCGCUCGCGGCGGCCGGCGAGUGGGCCGGCGCGCCGCGCACGCAUGUGCGCUUCUUUGCGCCGCUGGUGCGCCUGCUCGAGGCGCUGGCGGCGCAGCCUGCGGCAUGCGAGCUGCUCGCGCACGCAGGCAUCGUGCGUGCGCUCGGCACGCACGCCCUGAGUGCGGCGCUCGAGGACGGGUGCAUGGACGCGACGCUGCCGUCCGGCGAGCCGAGUCCGAUGCACGCGGCGUGGCUGCUCGUGCUGCGCACCGUCGUGCGCAUCGUGGAGAAUGUGGGCGCCGAGGCACGCGCGCACCUCGUGGACGCGGACGUCGAUGCGUUCGUGCACAUGUGUGGCGGCCAGCUGCGCCGCGCGCUCGCGUGGGCGCCGCUCACGCACGCCCGGCGCCUGGACGUGGCGGAGCUGCACGAGGUGCGCACGACACUCCGCCUCUUCCACGGCAUGUGGGCGGCCAAGGCGCCGCGCGCCUCGCAGGACACGCCGCGCGCGCACGCGCGCGCGCACGUCCCGCUCGGCGACGUGCUUGCGGAGCACGCGCCGCGUCUGCUGCCGUCGCUCGCGUACCUCGCGACGCAUGCGGCGGAGCUGCGCGCGUGGCUCGGCCUCGAGGCCGAGGGGGCCGACGCGCUUGCGCGCGCCGCGCAGGUGGCCGUCGACGAGGCGCUGGGCCUGCUGCUCGCGCUGCUGUGGGCGCUCAGCAGCGCGGACCUCGUGCUCACGCACGAGCCGGCCGCGUGGCCGCAGCUCCCCGCGCUCAUUGCGCCGACGCUGCAUGUGGCGCCCGGGGCGCCUGCGUCGCUCGGCACGCUCCUCGAGCUGGCGAGCACACUGACGGCGCGCAGCCGCCGCGGCGAGGGGCGCAUGCACGAGGCGCUCGAGCAGUGCAUCGGGCUGUGUGCGACGCAAGCGCUGAUCUGGGCCAAGGCGCCGGCGCCGCCCGGCGCUCAGGCCGCCUGGCAGGUGCAGGUGGACCAGGCGCAUGCCGAGGUCGCCGCGGGGCUCGGGCGCGACCUGGUGGCCGCGGUCCAGGCGGCGGACGAGGCGAAUCACAGCGCGUGGUGGGACGUGCUGCGGGCGCUCGAGCAGCGGUACAUGGCGCGCCGCUAUGCAUAG